AUGCCAGCACAAAACCAGACGUUGGUGACGGAGUUCAUACUGGUCGGCCUCUCCAGCAACCCCAGGACACAGCUGGUGCUCUUUGUCAUCUUCUUGGUGGUUUACCUGUUGAUCUUGGUGGGCAAUGGCAUCAUCAUGAUCACCAUUUUGCAUGACCGAGGUCUUCACACACCCAUGUACUUCUUCUUGAGCAACCUGUCUUUCAUUGACAUCUGCCACUCCACAGUCACUGUGCCUAAGAUGCUGGCUGACUUCUUGAUGACGGUAAAGACCAUCUCUUUUGAAGGUUGCGUGACCCAGAUGUUCUUCCUCCACCUCUUUGCCUGCACAGAGAUCUUCCUCCUCACUGUGAUGGCCUACGAUCGCUACGUGGCCAUCUGCAACCCAAUGCAUUACCUCACUGUCAUGAACCACAAGGUCUGUUUGCUAUUGGCUGGCACAAUCUGGCUGGGAGGGACAGUGCACUCCCUCGCCUUGAUUGGCAUGACCAUCAACCUACCCUACUGCGGCCCUCGGGAGGUGGACAACUUCUUCUGCGAUGUCCCGCCAAUCAUCAAGCUGGCAUGCACCAAUACUUACGUCAUCGAGAUCCUUAUUGUUUCCAACUCAGGACUCAUUUCCAUAGUCUGUUUCGUGGUUCUGGUGGUCUCUUACGGUGUCAUACUGGUCUCCCUCCGCAACCGCUUUGCAGAAGGCCGGCGCAAGGCACUCUCGACAUGUGCGGCCCAUCUCACAGUCAUGACUCUCUUCUUGGGCCACUGCAUCUUCAUUUAUUCCCGCCCUUCCACCAGCUUCUCCGAAGACAAGGUGGUGUCUGUCUUCUUCACCGCUAUAACCCCACUGCUCAACCCCAUCAUCUACACACUGAGGAAUGAAGAUAUGAAGUGA